AUGUCUACAUGCUUCUCUCCACCACCAGUUGUCUCUUUCACAGAGAUGGCCACUUCCAUCUCCGAGCUCCACCAAGCUCACGCCCACAUGCUCAAAACUGGCCUCUUUCACCACCCAUUUGCAGCUAGCCGACUCAUCACCACCGCUAUUACCAACACCAACUCUGACACCCUCCCUUACGCUCAAUCCAUAUUCACUCGCAUUCAACACCCAAACACAUACAUCUACAACACCAUGAUACGUGCCUAUGCCAAUAGUCCCACCCCUCAACUUGCUCUCCUUAUCUUCCUUCAAAUGCUAUAUGAUCACCGUGUUGCCCCAGAUAAGUACAGUUUCACUUUUCUUUUGAAGGCUUGUUCAACGCUUCGCAGUGUUGAAGAAGGGCGACAAGUUCAUGGUCAUGUGGUAAAGACUGGAGUUGGGGAUGAUGUUUUUGAAAUUGCACGUAGUUUGCUUGAUAAUAUGCCAAUGAGGGAUGUUAUUUCCUGGAAUGCGAUGUUGAGUGCGUUUGCUGAGAUGGGUUUGGUGGACUGGGCUCGUGGAUUGUUCGAUGAAAUGCCUGACAAGAAUUUGGAGUCUUGGAAUUUUAUGAUUUCCGGUUAUGUCAAUGAUGGAUUAAUUGAUGAAGCAAGAGGUAUUUUUGAUGAGAUGCCAAUGAAAAAUACAGUGUCUUGGAAUGCCAUGAUCACGGGGUAUGCUCACAUUAGUCGAUUUUGUGAUGUAUUGAGGUUUUUUGAGGCAAUGCAGCAUGCUAAAGUAAAGCCUGAUAAUUGCACACUAGUGAAUGUGUUAUCAGCUUGUGCUAAUCUUGGAGCUUUGAGCCAAGGGAAGUGGGUUCAUGCCUAUAUCGAUAAGAAUGGGAUUGAUGUUAAUGGUUUUUUAGCUACGGCUCUUGUAGACAUGUAUUCAAAAUGUGGGUAUAUUGAGAAGGCUUUUGAAGUGUUUAAUGAUACUUUGAGGAAGGAUGUUAGCACAUGGAAUUCAAUGAUUACAGGACUAAGCAUUCAUGGAUUUGGAGAGCAUGCAUUACAGAUUUUCUAUGACAUGGUUGGGGAUGGUUUCAAGCCCAAUGAGGUUUCCUUUGUGAGUGUUCUAUCAGCCUGCAGUCGAACAGGUUUGUUAAACAAGGGGCGUGAAAUGUUUGAUCUCAUGGUUCACGUUUAUGAGAUUCAACCCACAAUUGAGCAUUAUGGUUGUAUGGUGGAUUUACUUGGUCGGUUCGGAUUGAUUGAAGAAGCUGAGGAAAUUGUGAAGAAAAUGCCAGUGAAAGAAGCUCCUGCUGUUUGGGAGUCUCUUUUGGGUUCUUGCAGAAAGCAUGGUGAUGUCGUAUUGGCAGAACGCAUUGCUAGGAGACUUUUGGAGUUGGAUCCUCAAGACAGUGCUGGUUAUGUUCAAUUGUCAAAUGUUCAUGCAUCUAUGGGAAGAUGGUAUGAUGUUAUGGAGGCAAGGAGGAAGAUGCGGGCACAAGGAGUCACUAAAGAGCCAGGUUGUAGCAUGAUUGAAGUUGAUGGAAUUGUUCAUGAGUUCUUAGCUGGUGAAGGAAUGAUUUCUUUCGAGGGCAAUGAGAGCCUACUUCCAGAGAAUAUGAACCAUCAAUCAGAUACCACUUUGACAGAACUAGAACUCUAAUUUUUUUUCCUGAUGGCUUGGGCAGUUGGUCUCUAAUUGAGGUUUACAACUAAAAGUUUGAAUUUUGUAGAUCUUGUGACUUUUGAGAGUUUCAGAUGGGUGGAAGAACUCCUUUGAUUAUCAAAGUCUAGUUUUCUUAGCUGGCUAUAAUAAGACCUACUGAAAGCACAAUUGGCAAUUAGACUAAAACGCCUUUAGUACCAUUUGAAUUGAAUAUAAGGGGAAAGAAUCUGGAGGCUUUUGGGCCUGAAGAAAGAAUUCAGAAAUGAGUGCAGUCACUUUG